CUUUCCACUCUCACUCUAAUUUCUUUGCAAUGGCAAAAUAUGAUUCUUCUUCUCCUUCUCGAUGGCUUCUUCAAAUCUUGAUUUUCACGAUUAUAUUGAAGGCACGGGCACAGCUCCCCGGCACGUGGGAGCUCAUAGUCCCAAGCGCCGGCAUUUCCUCCAUGCACACGGCGGUUACUCGUUUUAACACGGUGGUUCUUUUGGACCGAACCAACAUCGGACCUUCCCGUAAAAUGCUUCCCAAAGGCCACUGCCGUUACGACAGGUAUGACGUCGUGCUUAAAAAGGACUGUUUUGCUCAUUCCGUCGUUUUCGAUCUGCAAACAAACCAAAUCCGACCGUUGAUGAUCCUCACCGACACUUGGUGCUCAUCGGGACAGUUCCUCCCCGACGGAACACUUUUACAAACCGGAGGAGACUUGGACGGGUUUAAAAAGAUCCGGAAAUUCGAACCGUGUGAACCCGGAGGGAAUUGCGAUUGGGUGGAGCUUAAAGACGUGGAGUUAGCUAGUGGCAGAUGGUACGCAACGAACCAGAUAUUACCAGACGGCGCCGUAAUUAUCGUCGGGGGGAGAGGAACCAACACCGUCGAGUACUAUCCUCCGAGGAUGAACGAAAACGGCGCCGUUGAACUGAAAUUCCUCUCCGACGUUGAAGAUAAUCAAAUGGACAACUUAUACCCUUACGUUCACCUCCUUCCCAACGGCCACCUUUUCAUCUUCGCCAACAACAAAGCCGUCAUGUACGACCACAAGGAAAAUACCGUAAUUCGAGAUUACCCAGCAUUAUCGGGAGGCCCACGGAAUUAUCCAUCAGCUGGAUCGUCGGUGAUGUUAGCACUUGAAGGCGACUUUUCGACGGCCGUGAUUGUCGUCUGCGGCGGAGCCCAAUACGGAGCGUUCAUCGAAAGGAGUACCGACACACCGGCGCACGGUAGCUGCGGGAGGAUUGUAGCCACCGAUCCAACACCGGGUUGGGAGAUGGAGGAUAUGCCUUACGGACGGAUCAUGGGAGAGAUGGUGAUGCUUCCCACAGGUGAUUCUUUGAUCAUCAACGGAGCUCAGGCCGGUACCCAAGGUUUCGAGAUGGCGUCUAACCCGUGUUUAUACCCGGUCCUUUACCGACCGGAUCAACCGGUUGGGUUACGGUUCAUGACUUUGAAUCCGGGAAGUAUUCCCAGAUUGUACCAUUCAACUGCCAACUUGUUACCGGACGGGCGGGUUUUAAUCGCAGGCAGUAACCCACAUUACUUUUACAAAUUCGCCGCUGAAUUUCCGACGGAAUUAAGGCUGGAAGCGUUUUCGCCCGAGUAUUUGUCCCCUGAUCGGGCCAACCUACGACCCGUGAUCGAGGAAAUUCCGGAGACGGUACGUUAUGGCGAGGCGUUCGAUGUUUUGGUGUCGGUUCCGUUGUCUGUUGUGGGAAUGAUUGAGGUCAAUUUGGGGAGCGCACCUUUUUCGACACAUUCGUUUUCACAAGGUCAAAGAUUAGUGAAACUUGUCGUUUCGCCGUCAGUCCCGGAGGGUGGUCAGUACAGGAUUAAAUGUACGGCACCGCCGAAUGGAGCGGUUGCGCCGCCGAGUUAUUACAUGGUGUUCGCUGUUAACCAGGGUGUUCCAAGUGUUGCACGCUGGGUUCAUUUGGUUCCUUAGCAAACGCGUGUCUUAAACUUUUAAUUGUUUAUAUGCAAACGUAUUGCUCCCAUC